AUAACAUACUUGAAUUAGAAGUAUGUGUCAGCUUGUGGAUAGAUCACUGGACUGUAUAUAUAUAGCCCGGCUUAUCACACAUACAACUAGCCUCUACCUGGAGACCUGAUCACCUGGCAUCACUGGUGCUGCUCCGGUACAUCAGCACAAACUCCAGUACAUCAUCACCAAACUGUUGUUGGUUGAGUUGUGGUCCUGAUGAAUCAAUAAUAUGUUUAGAAAAAAAGUGUGUCUCCCUAGCAAACAGCCGGCUGUGGAAUAGUGUGAAUGCUGUAGUAAGCUAUAGGUUAGUGUUAAUUCGAGAGUUGUGGACUGUAACCAUUACCAGGUGGAGCUAUUUAUAUACAACAGGAUUCGGAUCAUUUCUUCUGUACAACCCGGAUUCUUUGAGAAUGGAUUUCUCACCAUGGACUUAGAUUGUAAAUCUGUACUUUUGUGAGUUGGUGAAUGGUUUAAAAUCUCAUGUUAAACCUAUAAUCUAUAUAUAUGACUGAUCCUCAGAGUUAGAAGUUGGUUGGUAUUGUGUUUAGGAGGUUAAGGGUGCCUUAUAGUUAUUAUCGGUGAUGGGAAGGUUCAAUGAAAAUCCUCUGUCAUUAACCUCAGAUAGUGACAAUAUCAGUCUGAGAGGUAGGUACGGGAAUGUUGAUCUAAAAUUAACGGCUGACAAGUGUUGUCACUGUGGUACCAUUCACAACAAGUACAGUCGCAGAACGAAAAGUGAAAAACAUAAACACAGGCAAACGCAGGACAGAUUCAGACAAGCGGGUGGAAGAGACAUUAACGAAAAUGUGGAGAGUGUGAACAAUAAAGAUGGGAGGGACGUGAAAUGUCGGGACCCGACUCGGACAGAAUGUGUGUCUAAUAGAAGUGGUCAAUAUUUAGCUAGUCAGGAUCAGUCCUCUGGUGGUCAGUUAGUCUUUGAAUCUUGUAAUGACCACAACAAACUUACACCAAACCUGUGUGAUGUACCUUUUGAUAAGUCCACGGAGGAAAAGUAUAUUGAGGUGUUUGAAUCAAAUCGGGGGACGUCCAAAUUCGCUCUGGAUGGUAUUUGUGGAGUGGGUGUGAGCAGUGUGGUGCGUCGCUGCGUGGAAAAGGAGACGGGGAAAGAGUAUGCAGUGAAGAUCAUCGACAUCAGCGAGGAGAAACAACAACAGUAUCAGGCCGAACAGACUAAACAAGACACCAUCAGGGAGAUCAACAUUCUCAAGAUGUGUUCUGGGCACAAACAUAUCAUUGAACUUCAUGACUCAUUUGAAACCAAUACUUUCAUCUUUCUAGUUUUUGAAUUAUGUAAACAGGGUGAAUUAUUCGACUACCUCACACAAGUUGUCACAAUGUCGGAAAAGAGGACAAGAAUCGUGAUGCGACAAUUAUUAGAAGCAGUAGAUUUUGUACAUAAGAAAGAUAUAGUACAUCGAGAUUUGAAACCUGAAAAUAUAUUACUAGAUGAUAAUAUGAACUUGAAGUUAUCCGACUUUGGUUUUGCUACAGUUUUAAGUCCUAAGGAAGAAUUAACUGAACUGUGUGGAACUCCAGGCUACCUGGCCCCUGAGGUACUGGCUGUCUCUAUGUAUGAUGAUGUGCCAGGGUACGGCCAGCCGGUGGACAUGUGGGCCAUUGGCGUUAUCAUGUACACCCUCCUGUGUGGAGCCCCACCGUUUUGGCACCGUAAACAGAUGCAGAUGCUGAGGAUGAUUAUGCAGGCUAAUUACCAGUUUGGUAGUCCAGAGUGGGAUGACAUUAGUCAGGGCCCUAAAGAUCUGAUUGCCUCCUUGCUAGUCCUAGACCCAGCCAAGCGAUUGACGUCGUCCGAGGCUCUGCAGCAUCCUUACUUCAAACGUGAGGUGAAACCUGUGGUAAAAUUCCAAGCCAAGAAAAAGUUCAGGGCAGCUGUGAUCUGUGUUAACUUCUUCUUCCGCAUGAGAUUUUUCAAGAACAACCCUCCACCUAUAUCCGGCGAAGUGAUGAAUAACAAUCCAUAUAGUGUCAAAAAUGUCCGCAAACUCAUCGACGGAUGUGCAUUCAAAAUGUACGGACACUGGGUAAAGAAAGUGGACAAUCAGAAUAGAGCUGCUCUGUUUGAACAUGCCCCGCGUAACGACUGGAAAGAACACCACGAUUCUUGAUUAUUCUGAUUAUAGCUGCAAAAUACUGCUGCUCCUUUGGCAUUUAUGUACCCACUUUGAUUGGACGUAGACAUGACAGAAAAACAGUGCUUCUUAUUGGAUAGAUGUAUGUGGAGAAUGACACUACAAUUAUUGUUGCCAAAUAACAAUUAUUGUUGCCAGAUAAAAUAAAUGGAAAGUGAAAGUAGACUCCUCAAACUAAAUGUGGUUAUCACCCUGCUUUUUCUACACAUCAAACCAAAUGUGAUAUAUUUGUAUGUUUUCCCCUCAUUUUGAUAUUCGGGAACUAAACCAGUCCCAUUGAUUGUGGUACAUGUCCACUCUUGCAUGUUUUAACUUGCAUCUUUUAAAAUCAUUUUACAUUAUUUUUAUCAGGUUUCAAUUGUGAUGCUUGACGAAAGUGACUUUAAGGCUUGGACAUGAAAUAUGUUCAUUUAUAUUUCAUCAUGUAUAAAUGAUUUAUUUAUUUAUGA